CAGAUAUCCAACAACCAGCUGAAUAUUCCCAACACCACACAGCACCGGGUGUGCCGUACAUAUUGUUUACUGAGGUUUGCCGUAAAUCGAACUUGCGUUAGCAGUUGCGACGCUGUGUGAAAAUUUCGGAGUUCUUGCAGGUUCAGGACAAGAAGAUGGCUGCUUCCUCCUCGUCUUCUUCAGCUGGUGGAGUAAGUGGCAGCUCCGUCACUGGAUCCGGAUUUAGUGCUUCAGAGCUUGUUCCACCCCGGAAAGUACUCUAUACCUACCCCAAAGGGGCUGGGGAAAUGAUGGAAGAUGGCUCUGAUAGGUUUUUGUGUGAAUCCGUGUUCAGCUUCCAGGUUGCGUCAACUCUGAAACAGGUAAAGCAUGAUCAACAGGUGUCUCGAAUGGAGAAGCUUGCAGGCUUGGUGGAAGAGCUAGAAGCUGAUGAGUGGAGAUACAAACCAAUCGAACAGCUGUUAGGUUUUACACCUUCAUAAAUGUAAAGGCAGUAGGACGCCUGAAAAAACAAAGGCCACCGUUAUUUGUAAACUGUGACUUUAUUUUAACUGGGAAUUCAUAUUUCACAGCAGCUACCCAACUGUUACUAACACUUGUAUUUUUGUCCCCAUCUUCCCUGGGAAAAGCUAAUGCACACCCUAUAUAUGGUGAAAUCCCUACAAAUGUCAAGCUGAUGUAUUCAGUUGAAAACAAAAUACAAUGAUUAUGUUUAAAGAAAUUGCCUUUACAUAUCUGUCCAGUAAUUUGUAAUAUGCACUGUGUAUAUGAGGUUAUCAUAUCCUAAAAUCCCCCAUCUGAAAAAAAACAACUCUUUUGUAAUUGUAUCUCUUAAUUCUUUAUUAACACUUUAACAGAAUUUCUCAUUUUAGGGGCAUGUCUGAAACCAGAACACCCAGAUGAAUAGAAUCGUGUCUCUAAUCAUUAUUAUUUUUUUUAAUAAGUAGGCUCCAUCUAAAAUGGGAUCUUCUCUAAAUGGAAAACAAGACCUUUUGUUUAAACCUGUCUAUGUGCAAAACAAAUAGUGUGGUUCUAUGGAAAGUGUACAUUUGUGAAGUCAUAUAUUUGUGUCUAGAAACUUAAUUUAAAUGUGGUAAUAGUUUUUAUUUUUUAUCUAUUUGUAUACACUCUACAUCAAACAAGUGAAGGCGCAUCAUGUGUUUAACAAGUUAACUUAUGUAACAGGGGAUCUGAUAUUAAAUAGUUUUUAAAAAUAUUA